AUGGCAGCAGCACGAGUCCUUAUUCACUUGGUUUUGACCUUAACCGCACUGAUAUCAACCACAGUGGCUCAGACAGCGGAUCUGGCUGCCUUGGCCGCGGCUUAUCCCAAUUGCUCGCUGUCAUGUAUGGUCGAGUACAUCCCUCGAUCACCAUGUGUAACAGCUGCUGGUCUCAACCAGACCUGUAUCUGUAUCAAUGAGGAGCUGAACCGGGAUAUCGAAAUCUGCGCAAGGCAGAGCUGUACGGUCAAAGAGAUGCUGAUAACCAUGAAUGCCUCAUCCAUGGCUUGCCAACGACCUGUUCGAGACCACUCGACGGAUUUCAUCUUUAUUGCUUUCACGAUCGGUGCAGUGGCUUUGUUGACAUUUAUUGUUCGCAUCAUCACUAGGCUCACCACAAAUGCUCGGAAGCUGUACUUGGACGAUUGGACGAUGCUGGCCGCUGUGAUUGCCACAGGUCCGCCCACCGUUUUCGCAUGGUUCCUGGCACAAAAUGGCCUGGGUCGCGAUAUCUGGACAUUGCAAUUCCAUCAAAUAACAAACGUGCUCGAGCUAUUCUUUUUAGGCGAGCUUUUCUACUUUGCCGGUCUUUCACUGGUCAAGAUUUCUAUUCUUUUCUUCUUCUACCGAAUGUUUCCAGUCAGAAACUUGCAAAACAUCAUGAUUUUCAUCAUGGCGCUGUGCGCCGGGUACGGAAUCUGCUUCUUUGUUGCGACUCUAUUUCAGUGCCGCCCAAUAAAUUACAUGUGGGAGCAAUGGCAUGGAGAGAUGGCAGGUCAAUGCAAUGAUUUCCAUCUCCAGGGCUUCAUAGCGGCUGGGAUUUCCAUAAUUCUCGACGUUGUCAUCAUUGUGCUGCCCAUGAGGCAGCUUUAUCGGUUGAAAAUUUCUCUGAGAAAGCGCAUCAGUAUCGCUGCUAUGUUUUCAGUUGGAUUGUUCGCUUGUAUCAUUGCCAUCAUCCGAUUGAAAUACCUCGUUCAAUUCAGACACACCGAGAAUCCAACAUACGACUACUACGCCCCCGGUUACUGGUCACUCGUGGAAUGUCAGGUUGCCAAUAUGCCUGCCAUCUAUCAGCUUGUCAAAGCCUGGAAACCGAAACUGGUUUCCGGUACCAGCAGAGGCACUGGCCAAACCGGGUCCAAUUUGAGAAAGGGAGGUGCGACUCCGGACCUCUCUGGUACCCUGGUACAGGGAAAGUUUGCGCCUACCAACAGUAUACCUCGAAUUCGGACUUUACAGCACGAGCGAACUGACUCAACCGAGUGCCUACACUGGUCGAAAGAGGUGGAUGCCAACACAAUCGAGCUGGGAGAUCGGUCGAGCAGUACGAGCCCGUAUGCUAAGCGCUAUCCUGUCGGCCAGGCACUGUGA